ACAGUGAGUUGCACAGAUGUCUGAGAAAGAGCCUCUUUUGACUAAUGGUUCAGAUAACCUGUUUGCAAGCCGCAUGACCUCUAAAUCAGAUGUGGACCCUACAAUUGUGGAGAACUUCAGGAGGAAGCUUAAAUAUUUCUUCAUGAGUCCAUGUCAGAAGUACAGAGCGAGGGGUCGUAAGCCAUGGAAACUGAUGCUGCAAAUUCUCAAGAUUGCUAUCAUUACCAUUCAGUUAGUCUCCUUUGGAUUGAGCAAUGAGAUGAUGGUCACCUUCAAAGAAGAGAAUAUCAUCGCCUUCAAGCAUUUCUUCCUGAAAAAUUACCAGGACAGUGAUUCAGAUUAUGCCGUAUACACCAAACAUGAGGUCCAUGACCACAUCCAGCAUAUAAUCAAAAGGUAUGUACACCUACAGAAUUUUACUGUUGGUAAUCAUGCAUUUGAGAAGAUUGAUGGCAUGUUCACCCCUCUGUCCCUCUGUCAAGACUUCUAUCGACAUGCUAACAUUUCACCUACCAAUGAGACCUUUGAUAUUGACCCUCAUGUGGAGACAGAAUGCAUUUCCAUUUACCCCAUACCACCCUACAAGAAUGAUUGUUUGGCAAAUGACACAAACUUCACUUUAGACUUUCAAAAACUGUUAAAAGUGAACAUUUAUUUCAAAGUAAAAGCGAUCAACCUUCAAACAGUACAACAUCAAGAGUUGCCUGACUGCUAUGACUUUAGCAUUAAUGUCAUGUUUGACAACCAGGCACACAGUGGGCAAAUCAAGAUAUCUCUAAACAGUGAUGUACAGAUAAAGGUUUGUAAGGACUGCAACGUUUCUGGCUCAACAGACAUUCACUUCCGGCUCAUAGUUCUGUUUGACUGUGUGGUCAUCUGCGCCUGUCUGCUUUCACUCAUCCUCUGCACACGCUCAGUCUACACCGGCAUUCUUCUACAGUUUGAGUAUACUACAUUUGUGUCUGUUCAACAUGGUAAAACAGUGUCUUGGUCAGAGAGAAUGGAGUUCAUCAAUGGCUGGUAUAUUCUUAUCAUCACCAGCGACACACUGACUAUUAUUGGUUCAGUUCUCAAAAUAUGCAUACAGAGUAAGGAACUGACAAACUACGAUGUGUGCAGUAUUCUGCUGGGCUCUGCAACAAUGCUGGUGUGGAUUGGAGUCAUGCGUUACCUGAGCUUUUUUCAGAAGUAUUAUAUCCUCAUUCUCACUCUGCGGGCUGCUGUACCCAACGUGAUGCGAUUCUCCCUCUGUGCUGUUAUGAUCUAUCUCAGUUACUGCUUUUGCGGAUGGAUUGUGUUGGGGCCACACCAUGAAAACUUUCGGACAUUUAAUAUGGCGGCCGACUGCCUGUUCUCCAUGAUCAAUGGAGAUGAAAUCUACUCCACCUUCACUAAGCUCCGCGACAGGAAUUAUCUUGUGUGGGUGUUCAGCAGGAUGUACGUCUACAGCUUCAUUCCUCUAUUCACCUACAUGGUUUUGAGUCUCUUCAUCGCCCUAAUCACAGACACAUAUGAGACAAUAAAGCAUUAUCAGAAGGAUGGAGCUCCAUUUUCUGAACUGCAGGCUUUCAUAGCUGAAUGCAGGGAUCCACCUGACUCAGGGAAAUACAUGAUGGAUGAAGAGGCCUCCACCUCUGGCUGCCUUUGUGCUCCUUUUGUAUAUUGUGCCUGAAGCUGAUGAGAAACCUGUAGGAGCAACACAUUUAUAUACUGCUCCAAAAAUGCACAAAACUUGUUUGAACAGGAACACUUUUUUUCCUUCCAAAGUAUUUAAAGCACAGAAACAACCUCUCCUAGUACUCGCCAUUUAACAUGAUAUGUGCACUUUAAUGUAAGCUGCUUUGAUAAGGAGUCAUCUGUUGAGAACAUUAGUGUAUAUGAAGGGCAGCUUCAUAUUUCAAGUUUGAAAUGAAUGUGGGCUGCAUGGAGCUCUACAGUAGUGUUAGUUUGUAAUUACUGAUACUGACUUUCUUUGUGCUGCUUUCUGUUGAACAAGCCUAUGCAUCUUCUUUUUUUUUUUUUACAUGUUUAUUUAUUUAAUUUUAGUUAGUGACACGUUUUGACACCAAGGAAUUUUGUUAUGUUCAAUAUUCAAAUGUUUAUAUCUUAAAAUUAUUUUUUUGGAGUAACAAGUGCACACACACACACAAAAAAAAUUCCUUAAUCAAAGCACUACAUUCUGUCAACAAAUACACCAAACCUUUCUUGUUUUGCACAUACAGCAAGAAUGUCACAUGAUCAGUCAUUUUAUGUUCUGUUAAGCUAUAAUCAUCUUGUAGUUUAUAAUGUCUUGUGCACCAUAAAUUUUCCAGUAGGUAUUGUACACAGAUGAGACAAUUAUAACAAUAAAUCACCCAAUCCAAAACCCAAAA